AUGUCUCAAACACCAAACAAGCAAAACUCAAUAUGGAACAAAACAAAAGUCAUCGGCAAGAAAAACUUCGACAAAGCCUGGGAUGCGCUGGACAAACUCGGGCCCCCCGUUAACCGCCUGACGAACAAGCUCGGCUCCGAGGCCUUCUGGCCCAUGACACUAGACAAGGAAAGCGAGAAGGUAGCGCGCAUUCUGCAGAGCUUCUGCAAAGAUGGUGUCUAUGUCGAGGAAUCCAAAGAAAGCACGCCUGCACCGGAAACGAAAGGAGGAAAACAGGUGAUCGACAAGCCGCGAGGGAAGCCGAAAGUGUUAAAGAAGAUCCCGACCGAAGUGAUCCGACAGGCGAAGGGAUUGGCUAUCUUUACGGCUAUGCGAACGGGGCUAUGGUUCAGCGGUGCGGGCGGUAGUGGUGUUCUUAUUAGCAGAGUGCCGGAAACCGGUGAAUGGAGUGCGCCGUCGGGGAUCCUGCUGCAUACCGCCGGGUUGGGAUUUCUGGUCGGCGCAGACAUCUACGAUUGUGUGAUGGUGAUCAAUACGUAUGAGGCACUGGAGGCAUUCACGAAGGUCCGGGUUACUCUCGGAAGCGAGAUCAGUGUUGCUGCUGGGCCAGUUGGAAUCGGCGGUGUGCUAGAGUCGGAGGUUCAUAAACGGCGAGCCCCGAUCUGGACCUAUGUCAAGAGCCGAGGAUUUUAUGCGGGUGUGCAGAUUGACGGAACGGUCGUCAUCGAGCGUAUAGAUGAGAACGAACGAUUCUACGGUCGAAAGCUGCCCGCCAAGGAAAUCCUGAGUGGCCACGCCUGGGUCGACAAUCCCUCGGUGAAAAUGCUGACGCACACGGUUCGAGCGGCGCAAGGUGAUGUACAGUUCGAGCAGACACCCUCGGGGGUUAACAUGGCAACGGGGCCAAGUCCCAGCGAUCUUCCAUAUGGAGAUUUUGCGGGUACUCAGAUGGAUCAGGUUCAACCGCCUCCAAAUCAAGGUCCACAGUACAAUGCUGGACCAGAGUACAAUUCUGGACUGCAGCACAAUGCUGGAACACAGCCUACUGCUAGACCACAGUACAAUCCUGGAUCAGAGUAUAAUACUGGACCACAACCCAAUGCUGGACUGCAGCAGAACCCUGGACCACAGUACAAUGUUGGUUCAGACUACAAUGCUGGGCCACAAUUCAACCCUGGACCACCAUCCAACGCUGGAUCGCAGCAUAAUGUUGGACCGCAACCCAAUGCUGGAUCACAGUACAAUGCUGGCCCAGAGUAUAAUGUUGGAUCGCAGUAUAAUGCUGGGCCACAAUACAAUGCUGGAACACAACCUAAUACUGGAUCGGAGUACAAUCCUGGACCGCAACCUAAUCCUGGCCCAGGGUACAAUACUGGGCAACAGUCCAAUGCUUGGCCACAGCACAACCCUGGAUCACAAUCCAAUGCUGGACCACAAUCCAAUGCUGGGCCACCAUACAAUACCGGACAAGCUGGGCCUGCCAGAUACUAUUGA